AUGGCUAACAGUCAGGUUCUUUUCGUCUUCGAAGAAGUCUGUGUCCACAUCCUCAAGUCCCCCCUGAUUAUCUUCGUGGUGGGCGGCCCAGGCUGUGGGAAAGGAACCCAGUGCAAGAAUAUGGCCAUCAAAUACGGCUUCUGCCAUGUGGGGUUGGGCCAGCUUCUGAGGCAGGAAGCCCAAAGAAGCACCCAGCGGGGCCGGCAGAUCCGUGAGAUCAUGAAGAAGGGGCUUCUGGUGCCCACGGGUGUCAUCCUAGACUUGGUCAGUGACAACAUGCUGUCCCGGCCGGAUUGCCGAGGCUUCCUCAUCGAUGGCUUCCCCCGAGAGCUGGUGCAGGCUAAGGAGUUUGAACGCAUUGUGGGCCGGGCCCCGGACAUGGUCAUCAUGUUUGACUGCUCCAUGGAGACCAUGGUGCAGCGAACGCUGCUUCAGGGCCAGGUGGAACAGCGGGUGGACGACUCGGAGCUGGCCUUCCGCCAGCGCCUGGAGACGCACUACACCCUGUGCCAGCCUGUCCUCACCUUCUACCAGCAGAAGAACCUGCUGAGAAAUAUCUUGGCAGAAGAGGCUCCAGAGAACGUUUUUGCCAAGUGCUGUUUGGUCAUCGACAGUCUGCAAUUUCAGAGGCCAGUCCUCCUGCGCUCCCUGGACCUCACCCAGCUGGGCAUAAGCCAGGCCUCCGUCUUGGUUCUCAAAGUUGGCAACACAGCCAAAGCCUGUGCACAGUGGUCCUCUCCAGAGGCUGUGCCAUAG